UGGAGACUUGGAAUCUACAAAGAUGAAUGAAAGUGAGAAAUCGGCUGAGAGAAAUAUAGAGGAGGAGGCAAAAGAUGAUAAAGACUUUGCCGAGAGCUUUAACCAACUGGAAUUGCUGGAGACGCACAGACAUCUGAUCCCCACCGGAACACAGAGUCUUUGGUCUGGAGAUUCUGAUGAGGAAGAUCAGGAAGAAAAAAGCGAGGAAUGGUACCAAGCCCAGGAGAAAAAGCUGGAGAACAACCCAGAUAAGCUGCUGCUUUGGGCAGCUGAAAAAAAUCGACUUAGCACAGUGCAAAGACUCCUGACUCAAAACCUGGCUCCAGUAAAUGUCCGUGAUGAAGACCGAUACACCCCUCUCCACCGUGCUGCCUACAACGGUCACUUAGAAGUGGUGCGCGAGUUGAUUGCCCAUGGCGCAGACGUCCACGCUUUAACGGUGGACAGCUGGACACCACUCCACAGCGCCUGCAAGUGGAACAACACAAAGAUAGCGUCGUUCUUGCUUCAGCACGGCGCGGAUAUCAAUGCUCAGACCAAUGGCUUGCUAACACCGCUACACCUUGCUUCGGGAAACAGGGAGAGUAAGGAAACCCUUGAACUUCUGCUGAUGAAUCGCUAUUUGAAGCCAAAUCUCAAAAACAACCUGGAUGAAACGGCCUACGAUAUCGCUUGCAGGACUGACAUAUAUCACUACCUGUUCGAAAUUGUUGAAAGUUGCACAAAUUCUGUGUCGGAUUCUUAGUAAUUGUAAACAUUUGAAUGUCAAACUCGUUCCCAGCGCCUUUUUUGUAAUAACUACACUUCGUAAUUGCACUCAAAGUUGGUGCUUUCAACCCCACCUCUCAGUAUAGCUUUACUCUAUGAAAUACUGAAAUGAGAUCAUUUUGUGGAGAUGUCAUUAUUUUUAUAAUAAUAGAAACUACACUACCCUUAUAUUUGUGAAGCAUUUUCACUUUUACUUGAAAAGCUUUGGGGGAAAUCCUAAGGCCCUUGGGACCAUUUCCCAUGUUGAUCACUU